ACCCUAAUCAUGGUCUUCAUCACAAUAGAAAAUGAUGCCUACCCUAGUCUUAUCCCUACAAUACAAACCAACACUAUGGGAAUUGUUUAUACAUAAAAUUUUAAAAAAGGGCUAAUAAAGUGGGAUGUUUGAUCAUUCAUAUCAUCAUAUGGUGUAGAUUACUUAGCUUUAUGGGAUUCGUAUUCCCUCUUUUAAGGAGUUGAGAAGACCUUAUUCUAACCCACUUUUUUCCAUUUUCUUGUAUGUAGUGUUAUAUAUACACUUUACUUUGGCUCUUUUUUACUUCUUCUUCUUCUAACUUCAACUUCAACUUCAUAUAAUCAAAUCAAAGUAGAUUUUAUUAUUUUAGAAUGAGAGAUUGGGCUGCUCCGCUCAUUGCCACUGCGUUGUUUGCAUUUUUGUCACCGGGAUCGCUCUUUCAAAUGCCGGGCAAAGAAUACCCUUUCCAAUUUAUGAACAUGAAGACUAGUGUGGCCUCCAUGUUUGUUCAUACCGUUAUUUAUGGUUUGUUUCUUAUUUUGUUUCUUGUUGUUCUUGAUCUACACCUCUAUGCAUAACAAUAUUAAUUUGUACAAGAUCGAUCAUAGUUAAUAAAGUUGUGAAUCAUCAUUUCUUUUUU